AUGUUGACCACUAAUUACGGGUGGUGUCAUAUCUGCCUAGCCAUCCCUAUAUUUGUAACUUACCGAAAUGAGCUUAAGUAUUAUCCCCCUUCUCCCUUCGUUGCAGAAUUCUACGAGCUCAUGUCGAAGGUGGGCGAACUGAACUCCCGACUGACCUCCAAAAACCGCGCCACAGUAAUCUCCACCAGGGGAAAACAGGUUACUGCAUUCGAGGUGGCCUCAAUUCAAGAGGCUCUGAGCCUCAUCAACUCUUCAUCCCGAGCUGCCGGAAUAAUGCCCUGCCCUAUUGACAAUUGGAUGGAACAGCAACAGCAACAUCAACGUCUUCCUGUCAAACAGUCACACCUCGUUCGAGGUGCGGUUUCACUUCGCUAUCCACUUGGAGUAACUCAGCUGCGGUCUCCUCUUCCUCCCGUCAAACCAUCUGCUGUUGCUGAAGCACCCCUUCCUCCCUCCACUUCCUCCUCCUCCCCAUCCUCCUCGGGACUCACCCGCUCCUCCUCGCAGCCAGAUUUAACCAUUGCCGGGGUUAGUGGCAGGAGCAGAAGCGACCAGCUACAAGGCGAGGCACCCUUAUGGUCUGGUGCCUCCUCUGCAGUAGCAGGGAUGGGUGAGGCCGGUGGGCUGUCGGUGAUCCGUGUGUGGCGCUCACUAGGCGCGGAAGCGAAGGACCAAGUGAGCAAACUAGUGCCCGUCCACCAGCGCACCACAGCGCGUACUGCCGUUCGUCUUGCUGCGCAGGAAUUCAACAUUGAUCUCGACGAUGUUGUCUCACUAUUCUGUCUCUGUUUAGUCACUGUGGACGAGGGACCCAUCAUGAAGCAGAGUCGGAUCGCAGACAACACGGACGACUUGGCUAACCGCAUCGCAUUGAACUCGCGUUACUACCUUAAGCCCAAUCGCGUGUCCGAUGUCCUUAUUACCGACGAGGUGGCCAAGGGCAUUUACCAAGAGAGUCGCGUCUCCCUCUCCCAACUCUCACCGGAGGAGGUCGCCAUCCAAUUAACAUUGGAUGAUUUUUCUGUUUUUCGUUCCAUCGAAGCCGCAGAAUUCGUCGACAAGGUGUUUGGUCUCACCUCCUCAGCCUCUUCUGCUCCUGAUGGUUGUAGCAGUAAUAGCAACGAGAAUAUCGACAGUAGCGGUGGGGGCGGAUUCGCAACAGGUUGUGGCAAUCUGGACGCCUUCACGGACUUGGUCAACAAAGAAGCUUACUGGGUACCCUCGGAGUUGUGCGCUGAAACUAGUCUCCCCAAACGCGUUGAUAUGCUCAAAAGAUUCAUCAAGAUAGCAAAGCUGUGCAGAGAUCUGCGAAAUUUCAAUACUAUGUUCUGCAUCCUCGUGGGGCUGCAUAUGUCGCCAGUGGAACGUCUACGGCAGACUUGGGAGCGGCUGCCCAAUAAAUAUGUCAAAAUGAGCCGCGACCUUGCUGUACGUCCUUCGUCUGUUCGUCUCUUUGUCUGUUACGUGUUAACUGUCUACUUGUCUACAAUGCUGCAGUUGGUGUUGGACCCUUCACGAAACUUUGCGCACUACCGCAACCUACUCAACUCGCCGUCGCAUUCGCCGCAAACAGGAGCGCAAUGUCUUCCCCUCGUACCUUAUCUACCAUUGGUAUUAAAAGACCUAACCUUCAUUCACAUAGGCAACCCAUCGCGCAGUCCCGCCACCUCCUCCUCCUCGUCCGCCUGCCCGCAGCUCAUCAACUUUGCCAAACUGCGCAUGUUUGCCAAGGAGAUACGUUCUUUGCGUCGAAUGUGUGACAUUGAGUAUGACCUCCCAUUGGCGCAACGUCUCCUCCAAUCAGGAGGUACUUCGAAUAAAUUCCCUUUUUUGUUGGCUUCCGGCGGCAUCACUGGUGGUGCCGCCACGAUUGAUAUUUCAUCACCACAACAACAGCAACCACCACCGACUUCCUCUGUUUCCAACAUUUCCACUGUUUCCACAUCUUCUGCCACCGAUUCUGCAAACGGUCAAGGCUCACAUGUACAAUUGAAGAAGCCCACUGAUGGAAGUGUUGCCUCAUUGAUGAGCGGUGCCACAUCCCUCCUCUUAUCCACUGCCUCCGGUGCUGGCUCUUCACCAACUCGGGUGACAGUAUCGAAUUUAGGCGGAAGUGCUUGGGGUGGGAUCAAAAAAGCCAAAAUUAAGGCAUUGUAUUCGGCUUGGCAGAUGCGCUUGCGGGUACGUACCUAUAUGUCGGCUUUACGGGUAACUGAAGACGUGGAUCGGUUAUCUCAGCUUUCAUAUCGGGUGGAAUCGGGGGGCACAACCUCCAAGGAAGCCACUCCAACCCCUGCACCUUCUUUGAACCCACCACCGCCAUCCACGACAGUGAUAGGUGGGAAAUCCACUUUUUUGACUGAAUCUCCUCCUCCAAAGUCUCAUCUGCCGCCGACACCACCACAAGGAGCCAUUAUUUCAACAUCUGCACCCAUGGUUCCCACAUCAAGCGCAACCGCUACAAUAUCUUCUCACCGCUCUAUCUUUGGUAACCAGUCGAUCGAGGAUGCACGGAAACUCAUCGCUCUGCAGGAGCGAACCUCCCGUCGCCGUAUGAGAAUGUGCGCUGUUCCGACGUAUUCUCCGCAGCAACAGUAUCAUCAUCACCAGCAUCUGUUGUACCCACAACAGUACUGUCAUCAUGGCGUACACUAUCAGCAUUACCUUCCUAAUGGCAUGUCCGCUUACACAUCUGGAGAUCAGAGGAUUGGUCAGAAGGGCAGAUACUUGUCUCCUGCCACGGCCAAUGUUUAUCACCUCCAGCUUCAUCAGCAACAUCAACAAUACCGCCAGCACCAACAGCAGCAAGCGUCAGCGAUGGCUGCAGCGCAGUGGGUGGCGCGCCAGCAACAGAUGGCUUUACCAAACCAUCAGCGAAGUAGAUUUCACUCACCACCACCACCUCCUCCUCCACCACCACCGCCACCUCAGCACUCGAUGCCAACCAAACAGCCGCCAACGUAUGAUUAUGCUAUGGCGUUGAAGAUACAGCAGCAACAGCAACAACAACAGAUGCGGAGUGUUGGUGGAUUUGUACGAAGAUCUAGCGAACCGCCCCCGCGUGGUGGUGUGCCAGGGCCGCCAGGGAUCACAUCACCGGCUCUGACUCAUCGACACCCUUCACCUCAGGGUGCUAUGCAAAGACCACCUCUUCCCUCCUAUCACGAGGUUGUGGCAAUGAAACAACAACAGCAACAUCAACAGCACUUGGGCGCCAAUGUUCAGCCUGUGCCACGCGGACAAGGUUCCUAUUAA